AUGGGUUCUUCAGGAAGACGGCUCUCGGUUCUGAGGGAGUCGCUGCACACUUCCUCAGACGGCCGUCGUUUCUCAGUCCAUCCUGAGGACGAAGGUGAGGGCGUCUCGGCUUCACACCGGCGGCUUCGCGAGCAUCCCGCCCACAAAUCUCAUGCUGCGCUCGACACCACCAAAGCAAGUACCGGUGUGGUAUGGACCACAGAACAAGCUCAAAAGCACGGGUUCUACGACGAGCCUGAGAAAUGGGCGAAUCUGGGUCAAGGGGCCCCAGAAGUCGGUGACAUUGACGGUUGUUUCCCCCGGCCCAAAUCCAUCCCCUUGAGCGAGAACUCAGGAGAAUAUGGCCCAACAGCCGGCAUCAGGUCUCUACGGGCCGCAGUGGCGAAGUUGUAUAACCACGACUACCGCCAGGGAAAGGAGAGUCAGUACACAUGGGAGAAUGUUUGUAUUGUGCCGGGUGGUAGAGCUGGUUUGAUCAGAAUUGCGGCCGUUGUGGGCAAUGCGUAUCUCGCCUACUUUACCCCCGAUUAUUCAGUAUAUGAACAGGCGAGUAUUUCUGUCCUGCUCAUGUUGGGCUUGUUCCGGAAUUUCGUUGCCAUCCCUACUCCGCUGUCCGCUGCUGAUGGAUACCAUAUCCAUGCCGAUAAGAUUGCAGACGAACUCGCAAGAGGAACAUCGGUAAUCUUGACCUCAAACCCUCGCAACCCCACCGGCCACGCCCUGCAUUCCGAAGAGCUCUCCUUGAUCCAAGAUAUCUGCCGUGACAGGGCGACCUUGAUCUUCGACGAGUUCUAUUCCGGCUACCGCUACGACAAAGAUUGCGAUGGAAGCACUAUUUCAGCGGCGUCCAACGUGAUUGACGUCGACCGCGAUGAUGUGCUCCUGAUCGAUGGCCUGACCAAGCGCUUCAGGCUCCCAGGCUGGAGAGUCGCGUGGAUUGUGGGACCCAAGGAUUUCAUCAAGGCCCUUAGCUCAUGCGGAAGCUAUCUCGACGGCGGCUGCAAUGUGCCCUUCCAGGAGGCCACGGUAUCGAUGCUCGAGCCGGCACUGGUUCGAAGAGAAAUGGCGGCAUUACAACGCCACUUCAAAGCGAAACGCGACUACGUCCUCAAGAGACUCAGCGAGAUCGGGUUCAGACUAGGCGACCAGGAGAUCCCCGAGUCUACGUUCUACAUCUGGCUGAGUUUGGAAAAGUUGGAUCCUCCGUUGCCGAAGAACUCGCCAGUCGACAUCAGCAACGGGUUGGCUUUCUUCGAUGCUUUGCUCCAAGAGAAGACAAUCGUCGUGCCAGGCAUCUUCUUCGACCUCAAUCCAGCAAAGCGGCGCGACCUGUUCGACAGUCCCUGUCACUACUUUGUCCGGAUCAGCUACGGCCCGAGGAUGGAGCAAUUGAAGAUGGGUCUCGAUGGUAUCGAGAGGGUGGUCAAGCGUGCUAGAGGCGAAUCUGGACAACUCGAGUGCGAUUCACGAUGA